AAAGCAGAUGUGAAGUCCCUCAUGGCGAAGUUUAACACAGGGAGCAACCCGACAGAGGAGGUCUCCGSCAACAGCAGGCCCUUCAAAGUCACAGGGCAAAACUCCCCUUCAGGAAUACAAGCGAGAAAGAACUUGUUCAACAACCAAGAAAAUGCCAGCCCUCUCACAGGACCCGGCAACGUGCCUAAGUUUGGGACCCCUAAGCCACCACUGGCAGUGAAACCCACUUUUGAGGAAAAGCCUGACAAGGAACCCAAACCCCCAUUUUUAAAGCCUACUGGGGUGGGCCAAAGAUUCGGAACACCGGCAAACUCAGCCACCAGAGACCUUGAAGCCAAAGUGGGAUUUCUGAAGCCCGUAGGCCCCAAGCCCAUCAAUGUGCCCAAAGAAGAUUCUAAACCUGUGUUUCCUCGGUCUCCUGGAAACAAGCCUUCCCUUCAUGGUGGGAACCAAGACCUAGACUUGAAGACACCAGGCCCAAAGCCGGGACCCACUCCUCCAGCUCAGGACAAUGAACAGAGGCAAGUGUUCCCAAAGCUGGCAGGGACUAAAGGCAAGUUCGCGUCAGUAUCACAAGAUCAUGACCCCAAGGCCCUGUUCCCCAAGCCUGCCUUUGGCCAGAAGCCAUCCCUGAGUGCGGAGGACUCCCAUGAGGAUGAGAGCCCCACCAGAAACCUGUCUGCCCAGAAAGGACCCUCACCGUCCCUAGGAGCCAAGUCCAAGAGCGGCCCUUUAAAACCCCCCAGGGAAGACCCUGAAAAUAAAGGCCAUGGGGGUGACACUUCAAGUUCACCGUUUCCUGGAGUGGUCCUGAAACCCAGGGACAGCAGAGGCAGCCCAGGGCUCUCCAAAAAUGGUGAAGAGAAAAAAGAAGAUAGGAAGCUGGAUGCUACGAAGAACAUCUUCCUGAGCAAAGCGAACCAGGAGGAGUCAGGGGCAUCUCCCGCCAAGUUCCCUAAGGCACCUUCCAAGGUGACAGUGGGGGGGCCAUGGGGCCAGAGUCAAGAGAAGGAAAAGGAAGAGAAGAACUCAACAACUCCAAAGCAGAAGCCAUUGCCCCCCCUGUCAGUGUUGGGCCCACCUCCACAAAAACCCAGCAGACCACCAAAUGUGGACCUGACAAGAUUCCAAAAAGCUGCUUCUGCAAACAGUACCAGCAAAGGUCAGCCGUCUUACUCAACAACUACCCUGCCACCAACUCCACCAUCCCAUCCAGCCAGCCAACCACCAUUGCCAGCAUCUCACCCAGCACAGCCACCAGUCCCAAACCUACCUCCCAGAAAUAUUAAACCUUCCUUUGACCUCAAAAACCCUGUAAAUGAAGAAAAUCAAGAUGGUGUCAUGUACUCUGAUGGUACUGGAACUCUAGAUGAGGAACAAGAAAGUGAAGGAGAAACAUAUGAAGACAUAGAAACAUCCAGAGAAAGAGACAAGAAACGGGAAAAGGAGGAAAAGAAGAGAUUAGAACUAGAGAGAAAGGAACAGAAAGAGAAAGAAAAGAAAGAACAAGAAUUAAAGAAGAAAUUUAAACUAACGGGCCCUAUUCAAGUCAUUCAUCUAGCAAAAGCUUGCUGUGAUGUCAAAGGAGGAAAGAAUGAACUGAGUUUCAAGCAAGGAGAAGAGAUUGAAAUAAUCCGUAUCACAGACAAUCCUGAAGGAAAAUGGUUGGGCCGAACAGCAAGGGGGUCCUAUGGCUAUAUUAAAACAACUGCUGUAGAAAUUGACUAUGAUUCUUUGAGACGGAAGAAAUCCUCUCUCAGUACUCUAUCAUCAAAGCCUGUUGAAGACGACCAAGAAGUAUAUGAUGACGUUGCAGAGCAGGAUACUAGCACCAGUCAUAGUGGAAGUGGAGGGUUCCCACCACCACCACUAGAUGAUGAUAUUUAUGAUGGAAUAGAAGAGGAAGAGUCUAAUGAUGGGCUCCAAAGCUCCACACUACAGGUGGAAGAGAAGAGUAGCACGUGGUCCUGGGGGAUUUUGAAGAUGAUAAAGGGAAAAAGUGACAAAAAGAAAAGUAUACGAGAGAAACGUAAAGUCUCUGAGUCAGACAAUGAUGAAGGUUCAUCUUUCCCUUCUCCUCCUAACCAAUUGGACUUGGGAGAAGAAGUAUAUGAUGAUGUGGAUGCUUCAGAUUUCCCUGCUCCACCAGCAGAAGUGAGUCAAGGACUCAAUAUUGGAAAACCCAAGACAGAAGAAAAAGACCUGAAGAAGCUAAAAAAGCAGGGAAAAGAAGAAAAAGACCUCAGAAAAAAAUUUAAAUAUGAUGGUGAAAUUAGAGUUUUAUAUUCGACUAAAGUUUCAGCCUCCUUAACSUCUAAAAAAUGGGGGACUAGAGAUCUGCAGAUAAAACCUGGAGAAUCUCUUGACGUUAUACAAAACACAGAUGAUACAAAAGUUCUCUGCAGGAAUGAAGAAGGAAAAUAUGGUUAUGUCCUUCGGAGUCAUCUGGUAGACAAUGAUGGUGAGAUCUAUGACGAUAUUGCUGAUGGUUGCAUCUAUGACAAUGACUAGCACUUGGUCCUGUUCAUUCUGCCAUAUUCAUUAGUUGCCAACAUGAAGUCUGGAUUUUAAUUGGCAUGUUUUAUUGGGUAUUGUAAAAAAACGAA